AUGGCAUCGACUAAUAAGCAGUGGGUUUCUAAGCUGGAUGGGGUAGAUAAGCUGGAGUUUACGGAGGGAGAGGUGCCCGUGCCGAAGGAUGGAGAGGUGUUGGUGAAGAUUCAUACUGUGAGCUUGAACUAUCGGGAUAUCGAAGUCUGCGAAGGCCAAUAUGCCCAUCACUCAAAUCCCGACGACUUCAAGGCCGGCAUCGUUCCCUGCUCUGACAUGUGCGGCACCGUUGUCGAGAGUAAAUCGCCGCUCCUCAGCACCGGCACUCGCGUCAUGUCUAUUUUCGCUCAGGCUCAUCUCUCCGGGGCGCUGAAGCCGUCUGACUUGGCUACGGGACUGGGCCUGCCUCUCCCCGGAGUGUUGACCGAGUAUCGGUGUUUCGAUGCAAAGUCGCUGGUCAAAGUGCCCAAGUACUUGACCGAUGAGGAGGCCAGUUGUCUGCCGAUUGCCAGCGUGACGGCGUGGAUGGCGCUGAACUGGAUGAGGCCUAUUGGCAAGGCGUUCCAGGCGGUGGAGAUUUAUGGCCAGGAUCCGGAGCAGAAGAAGGUCGAGACGGUGUUGCUGCAGGGCACGGGAGGGGUGAGCAUUGCGGGACUGCAGAUUGCAAAGGCGGCUGGGUUGAAGGCCGUCAUCACGUCUUCGUCGGAUGAGAAGCUCGAGGAGGCGAAGAAGCUCGGCGCGGAUCACACGAUCAACUACCGCACGUACUGGGAGUGGCAGGACCGCGUGCUGGAGGCCACGGAGGGCAAUGGCGCAGACUACAUUGUCGAAGUGGGCGGUGCAAAGACGCUGCGAAAGAGCUUUGAGAGCGUUUCGUUUGGCGGGACGAUUAGCUGCAUUGGCUAUGUGUCUGGCAAAGAGGAUACUGAUGACGACAAGGACAAGGCGUCGAGCUGGAAUAAGCUGAAUGUGAAUGUGCUGGCGCUGAGGAAGAAUGUUACGCUCAAGGGGCUGAUUAAUGGCGGCAAGGAUAGGUUUGAGGAGAUGGUGAGGUUUUACGAGGACAAGGAGAUACGGCCGGUGGUGUGCAAGGUGUUUGGGCUGGAGGAGGCGAAGGAGGCGAUGGGGUAUGUGCAGGGGGGGAAGCACUUUGGCAAGGUUGUGAUAAAGAUUGCGUGA